AAGUUGAUUUUAAACUGAGGAAGUAUGUUAAACUGCUAACAACCAAAAUAUGUCUUCACUCUUCAUGGUGAAGAAAAGCUUCCGAGUUUCAUGUAUGGAGAAUGAAGUAUCUUUCUAACCUCAUACUAUUACUGCUAACAUCUGUGACUAUGAAAAAUGUCGCUGCCAGGUCUGUUGAAACUUUGGCCCAACGGGACAAUGGUAAACUCGCCACCCGUUAUGCGGCCCACCUUCAACUCUGCUCCUCAAACAUACACACCCCUGCUACGUCUUCUCUUGCUAGAAGCAUCCAUGCCAACAUGAUCACCUCCGGGUUCAAGCCUCGUGCCCACAUCCUCAACCGCCUCAUCGAUAUCUAUUGCAAGUCCUCUAACCUCCUGUACGCACGCCACCUGUUUGACGAAAUUCCCCAACCGGAUAUUGUUGCUAGAACGACCAUGAUUGCUGCAUAUUUUGCUUCUGGGGACCCCAACCUCGCUGCAGAGAUUUUUGAUAGAACCCCUUUAGGCAUGCGCGACACGGUUUUUUAUAACGCUAGGAUCACGGGCUAUUCGCAUCAAAAUGAUGGCCAUGCUGCUAUACAAGUCUUCAAUGAUAUGAAAAGAAACAACUUUCAGCCUGACCAGUACACUUACACUAGUGUGCUCGCAGCCUUGGCACUUAUAGCCGAUUGUGAACUGCACUGCCAGCAGCUACAUUGUGCUGUUAUCAAGUCCGGGACUGGGACGAUUACUUCUGUACAGAAUGCCCUUUUGUCAGUGUACGUUAGGUGCGCAUCUUCACCCUUUGUGUCUUCAUUGCUUUUAAUGGAAUCAGCUAGGAAGGUAUUUGAUGAGAUGACCAAGAGGGAUGAAUUGUCAUGGACAACAAUCAUUGUGGGUUAUAUAAGGAAUGAUAAUGUUGAUGCUGCACGAGGAGUGUUUGAUGGGAUGGAUGAGAAGUUAGUUGUGGCGUGGAAUGCAAUGAUUUCAGGGUAUGUGCAUAAGGGUUUAAUCUCUGAAGCGUUUGAACUUUUUAGACAAAUGUACUUGCUAGGGAUUAAACUGGAUGGAUUUACAUAUUCAAAUGUACUCAGUGCCUGUGCUGAUGCUGGAUUAUUUCUCCAUGGAAAGCAGGUGCAUGGUUACAUAGUAAGGACAGAAACAACACCUAUGGAGCAUGCUCAUGUGUCAGUAUAUAAUUCUUUGAUUACGUUGUAUUGGAAAUGCAAUAGAGUUGAUGAUGCUAGGAAAAUUUUUGAUCAGAUGACCACCAAGGACUUGAUCUCAUGGAAUACAAUUUUGUCUGCAUAUGUGAGUGCUGGACGGAUUAAUGAAGCUAAAUUGUUUUUUUCUGGGAUGCCAGAGAAGAAUUCCUUAACAUGGACAGUGAUGAUAUCUGGAUGCUCACAAAAUGGGCUUGGGGAAGAAGGUCUAAGGUUAUUCAACGAAAUGAAAUUAAAUGGGUUUGAGCCAUGUGACUAUGCUUUUGCAGGAGCCAUUGCAUCUUGUUCAGUGCUUGCUGCGCUAGAAACUGGACGCCAGCUCCAUGCUCAGAUUAUACGGUGUGGAUUUGAUUCAAGCCUCUCUGUUGGAAAUGCAUUAAUUACAUUCUAUGGAAGAUGUGGAGACAUUGAUGCUGCGCAGUGUCUGUUUCUUACAAUGCCAUUUUUCGAUUCUGUGUCUUGGAAUGCAAUGAUUGCAGCCUUGGGGCAGCAUGGACAUGGUGCUCAUGCGAUAAAACUCUUUGAAGAGAUGCUGGAAGAGCGUAUAUCUCCUGACAGCAUAAGCUUUCUUACAGUCCUAUCUGCUUGUAGUCAUGCAGGGUUAGUUAAAGAAGGACAGCAUUAUUUUGAUUUAAUGCAUAGAGUGUAUGGCAUAAGUCCAGGAGAAGAUCACUAUUCUCGCUUAAUUGAUUUGUUGUCUCGAGCUGGAAGGUUCUCAGAAGCUACAAAUGUGAUCCAGACUAUGCCCUUUAAGCCUGGGGCACCCAUUUGGGAAGCUCUUCUUUCUGGUUGUCGACUUCAUGGAAACAUUGAGUUGGCAGUGCAAGCUGCAGAUAAACUCUUUGACCUAGUUCCACAAAAUGACGGAAGCUACAUACUUAUGGCAAACAUGUUUUCUUCUGCGGGCAGAUGGAGUGAUGCUGCCAAUGUACGAAAAUUAAUGAGGGAACGAGGGGUCAAGAAGGAGCCUGGCUGUAGUUGGAUUGAAGUUGAAAACAAGGUCCAUGUAUUCUUGGUGGACGAUACUAGGCACCCUGAAAUCCAAGCAGUUUACAACUAUCUGGAGGAAUUAGCACUAAAGAUGAGGAAAGCUGGAUAUAUUCCAGAUACGAAGUAUGUGUUACAGGAUAUGGAAAUUGAACAAAAGGAGUAUGCUUUGUCAACUCAUAGCGAAAAACUUGCUGUUGUGUUUGGGCUUUUGAAGCUACCUCGUAGUGCCACGAUUAGGGUCUUCAAGAACCUCCGGAUAUGUGGGGACUGCCAUAAUGCAUUUAAGUUCAUGUCAAAGGUAGAGGCAAGGGAGAUUAUUGUGAGAGAUGGAAAGAGAUUUCAUCACUUCAGGGAUGGUGAAUGCUCAUGUGGAAAUUACUGGUGAGCAGAGAGAUUCUAUUGUAAUUACGUAUUAAAAGAAUUGGAUGUUUGGACAGAUAAGUAUCAUUCAUGAUGCCAAGCUAUUGAUAGUGGAGCUUAAAGAAGUUAUUCUGGAAGCCUGACCUUUCUUUCCUCAUCCUGUUCAGCCAAUCAUCCUCCAGUGAAGUCUUCAAUGGCAGAGUAAUUGUUCAAUUUCCUUUUAUGUCUCUCUUCCUGAAGAGGUUUGGACUUUAGUUUCCAGCUAUGGAGAUUCAUUGAAACCAUUAGCCCUUUGCAUUAAGAUAUUAACAUGCCUAUCAAUGUUUGGCUUGUCUUUUGACAACAUCUACUUCAGUUUGGAAAUGCUAUGAAAAUGUAACCUGGGAAGCCAUUAAACGCAGCUAAGGCAGCCAGCCAAGACAGUUGCUGCUGCAAAGCCCAUUGCUCCAGAACAUGCUCAGAUUCAGGUCGUCAACUCUAAAUCUCUAAUCAGUUGCGGAAUAUGAAUGAGAAUAUUUAACUGCGGGACAGGCCGGCUUGGUGAAUUCGGAGAAGGUUGCAAGCCAGACAUGUGAAACUCAAUGAGCCUACACUACACUGCUUGCUGUUAUAUAGAGAAACAGAUUGGAGGAGGAGAUGCUGAAAGUAUGUUUGAGAUGAAAAAAUAUGUGAAGAAAGACUACAGCUUGGCCUUCUAACUAUAGACAAAGGAAUAAGAAGGAUUAGUGAAAAGCUUUGAUGUCUUCCAAUUGGACAUUCACAAUGGGAUAAUACUAUGCUUAAAGAGUUAUAGUUGUAAACUGCUAAAAGUGUUUUUAUGUUCCAAGAAAAUUUGGCUCAACUUUUAUUUUUUUAUUGUAGAGAUCCUUGAUAAACUUUUAAGACAUGUUCCCAUCAGCUGUCAAUCCAUCUUCAAUAAAUCUAAUAACACUACAGGACUAUUGGCCUUGGUUUGACCUGAUCA